AUGCUGAGCCUUUUGACCGAAAACAAGCUCGCCAGUAUCGGUGCUGCCGCGAUGGUCACGGGUGUCGUGCUUCUACUCUCCGCCUCGGCCGUCGACACCGAAGCAACCGAAAGUGACGACGGAAGCACUGAACAGCUGGCCAACGCCAACAAGAAGAAAACGCUGCUGGCGCUGGGUGGAUCGAUUUUGUCUCUAGGCGUCCUCGCUCAGGUGUACGACCAGUACACUCGCUACACGUCUCCGGGUAGCUCCUUCUCGUCGUCGCAAUACCGCUCGUCGUCAGAAAUGUCCCCGCAAGAGCUCUCUAGAUUCCAGGACCGUGUGUCCGCGGCUGCGGCGAAGCUGCGACGAAGCAUGGCACAGACAUCCAACCAGAGCGUGAGAAGCAGUGGAUUGGAAGAAGAGUCUGCCGCCGAACUCGCCGCUCGCGCCAGCGCCCAGAUUAGUUCAUUCAUUCAGAAUUACUCGUAA